UUUUCUUCAAAAAGUAGACCAUAGUGUUUCAGAGUUGAACCGCAGGAAUGUUGAACAUGGCUAUGUGUCUGAACUUAUGGCCAAAGACUAUAAGAAUCUUACUGAUUUCAAAUGGCAAACUGUUGUGGAAGAAAUUGCUGUCAAAGUUCCUGAAUUGCUGAAUAUGAUGAUUACAGUCUGUGUUGGACAUGGUGGUGUAACCCCGGAGAAGUUGGAAACAAUGUUGCCAAGAAUAGGAAUGGCUUACAGUAUCCUAGUACAGGCUUGGCAUCAUGAACUGAGCAGGGUGCAGAGGAUCAUGACAAUGUGCCUUCAUGACAGUACCUGCGAACAAAAGGUCUUUGACCGGCUACAGCAAAUUGGCGUGUCUCUCAGUUAUGGCAGGAGCCUUUUUCUGUUGAAUGAAGUUGGAGGACAUUUUAAUGACCGGGUCAUACAGGCUGUCAGUGAGGGACGCAGGUUUCGCAUCAUUGGCGACAAUUUAAAUUUUCAUGUUGAUGUUCAGGACAUGAGAAAAGACAGGCAGAGCAGUAAUCAUCACAUGUUUGCCUCGGCUAUCAUUUUACAGACACAGGUUGACACUUCCAUGCUGCAAAAUGUCCCGCAGAAGAGCAUUGACAAUCUUCUAGUGAAUGAUGUCCUUAUCUCAAACACAGAGCUUGAUGUUGUGAAAGAUGAAUACAUUAAAUUAGUGUGUGACAUUGCCAGUGAGCACAUACCUUCUCUAGCAUUCAUGGGGAAGUGUGUUCCAUCGUUCUUACUUGACCCUCACAGUGAGCAGUUAAAAAGAAAGAAUGAAGUCAUUGCCUGGCCAGUUUUGCCUUAUAAUGAGCAGUCCUAUGCUGAUGAUGUCAAGAUUCUUGCUUACUAUGAAGACACCAUUCAAGAAAUUUACACUUCUGCUGGGCUUCCAGUAGAUAGUAGUGUGAACGUUCAUAUUGGUGGGGAUCAACUGACAAGAGAACGCUUCAGUCAUGCAAAACGUUUCAGGAUUGGCAAUUUACUUGCACAUGAACGAUUUGACCAUCUUGGUCCUACCUCAUUCGAGCUAUUUCAUCUGGACAUGAACUUCCUUGAAAAGAUUGCUUUCAGGUAUCUAUACAAUGAAGGCUCCUCAAAUGAAUUGGGAACAAUGAAGUCUGAGCAGCAGCGUAUUUUACGCAAAAAUGUUGAUCCAGAUGUUCGCAAGGCAUAUGAUGCUGAUCAAGCCUACUUCAUCUCCUUUGUCAAGAGCUACAUUGUAGCCCUCUUGCUCAGUUUCUUUGGCAUGGACACUUCAGAUGGAACACCAACAAAAAAUGUACCACCGCCAUUUGCAAAUGAAAGUGAGAGGAAGGCCUGGGUUAGGAAUACAGUGGGUGACCUCGUAGAGGAACAUGUACUAGCUACAUGGCGUGGCAAAUUAUGUAAACAACAGGUUAAUGUGGGAAGGAGAGACAUCAUCCAACUUGUGCCAGUAACCUUGAAAAAUGGCACUCAAAAGAAUCUCCCAGUGUAUAGUCCAGAGGUAACAUUUAUGCCACCACAAGAAGAUUAUGUUAUGAAUUACAGUAGUCUUGUCAUUGAUCUGGGACUCCUGUAUCUGAAUUUUCGUGAUGCGUGUCAUCUUCCAAAUCGUGACCGCAUGAUGAGAAUAUUUAAAAUGUUCUUACCAAUCUUCAAAGGGACCAACAAUCAAUCAAAAUAUGCUCUGGAACUGCUCCGAUUCUUGAUUCAGCAUACUUCCAUACUGAGCGAAUGUGAAUCACACAGAGUUUUCUAUGGCCUGUUUGUGAACAACCAAGGACACAUUAACACUCAUAUCAGAGCAGACCAGCAAAUGGAGUACAUAGUGAAGAAGCAGAAAAAGCUAAUCAAACACUGUUACUCCAACAAGACUAAUAAAAAUAUCGUGCGACACACUGCUGCUGUCCAUGGUGUGUCCACAAUUGGAGAAAGCUUUGAUGCCGCCACCAAAGUUAUCAGGCGUGCCAAAGCUCAUCCCGAACUUUCAGCAUUGAUGGAUGAAAUAUCCAUGGUAUCUGACAUUAUAAGCAUUAAACCAUGGAGUCAUUCUGCAAACAGGAAAUUUGAACAUUUUCCCAGAAUUCAGAGAACACUUGUUGACAAAAUAGAUCCUGCUGCCUUCCGGAAAUGGUUUUCCGAAAAGAAAAUGUAUUUCUUCCAUGAGGUUGGGAAGUAA